CAGUUUCUUACUCUUUCCGGUGUCGCGUUUGUUUGGAAGCAUGGCAGCUGAGAAUUUGGCUGUUUGGCCAGAAAUUGAAAAAGCAGAAAAAGAAAACAGACGAGAGUUGGUUCUUCAAGGCGCAGCAGUCGAUGAGAAAAUAAAGACAAGCGAUGGGAUUCAUCCGAGACUUUAUUCGUUAAACCUCCUCAAUUACCUGGAAAUCAGUCAGUGUCCGAGUUUGCGUGUUAUCCAUGUAAACAUUAAAAACCUGUCUCACUUGCAGAGCCUCAUCCUCUGCAGGAACAAGAUCUCGUCGGUGCCCAAAAGCAUCGGAGAGCUGAAAUCGCUGAAAGUCUUGGAUUUGUCAGUGAAUGAGCUGCAGGCUUUACCUGAGGAGAUCUGUUCACUAAGCGAGCUCACCACACUGAAUGUGAGCUGUAACAGCAUCGCGACUCUUCCGGACGGGUUAAGCUGCUGCACCAAGCUGUCCAGCAUCAACGUGGGUAAAAAUGCGCUGGUGUGUCUUCCUGAAGACCUGUGCUCCUCCAAACUGGAGCUGCUCAACACUGUCAUAGCGUCAGAAAACAUCAUCGAGCAAUUAAGCAGUGACAUCCACAACCUGCCGGCGCUUAAGGUGUUGGACCUUUCCAGCAACAAGCUCAGUGAGAUCCCAUUUGAGCUGGCUGACUGCCCCAAGCUGAAGGACAUCAACUUCAAAGGAAACAAGCUGAAGGAUAAGCGACUGGAGAAGAUGGUGAACGGCUGCCAGACUAAGUCGGUGCUGGAGUACCUGAGAGUGGGGGGUCGAGGGAAAGGAAAGGGCAAGCAGCUGGACGCAGAAGGUGCUGAGCAGAGCAACAGAAAUCGGAAUGUCUCCAAAAAGAAGAAUGCUUCUAAACAGAGGGAUAAAAAGGAGGAAGAUGCCGUGGAUGAGUUGCAGAAAAUGGUUGUUAAAAUCCUUCAUAUAUCCGAUUCCCCCUCUGCCAUGACGGUGAAAGUCUCUCCUCAGGUGAAGGAUGUGCGGCCGUAUAUAGUAUGCUGCAUAGUUAAAGGGAUGAACCUGAAACCAGGGAAUGCACUCAAGAGGUUCUUAGCUGCUCAGACCAAACUUCAUGAUGACAUUUGUGCCAAAAGGACCACGGCUACUAUCGCGACUCAUGACCUGAGCUUACUGAAAGCUCCUCUACAGUAUGAUGCCAGACCUCCUGAUAUUUUAAGGAUAGUUCCUCUGGGUCGUAAGGAGGUGAAGGCCGGCGACCUGCUUAAGAUGCUCCAGCAAGAAGCAGAUGAACAGAGGAAACAGAAAAAACGGCAGAAUGUGUCAGGUCUUCACAAAUACCUUCAGCUAUUGGACGGGAAGGAUCAUUACCCUUGCCUGGUUGAUGCUGAUGGUCAUGUGAUCUCAUUCCCUCCAAUCACAAACAGUGACAGGACAAAGAUAAAAAAGACCACACGAGAGCUUUUCCUAGAGGUCACAAGCUCUAUGAGUUUACAAACCUGUAAGGACGUCAUGGACACGCUCAUAAUAAAAAUGGCAGAGCUGAAUAAGUUUACCUUUGAUAACAGAGAGGAGACCGGUUCAGAUGACGAGACAGACCCAUCCUCUAACCCAGCAACAGACGGCUUAGCAUCAGCUGAGUUAACUGUGGUGCAGGUGAAGGUGGUGGACAUGGAGGGAAAUCUGAAGGUCUUGUACCCGUCCAAAACUGACCUGACCUCUGACGUCAGCCAUCUGUCCAUCAUCCGGUAACCGUCUUCGACAGUCAAGCCAUGAAUACUGUGUUAAACUAGUAACUGUAUAAAUAAGACCAGUACCAGUAUAUACAUAUACUGUAAAUUGCCAAUACACUUCAUAUUCAGUUUUUAAACAGUAAUUAUGGACAAGUGCAAAACUUUGCAUCCGCAUGGUAACUCUAUUUUAUGAUUUGGUGUUCUAAGAUGGGACAUAUUCUGCAGAAAGAGUAAUAUGAAACAAAAAGAAAAAUAUUUCUGGUUAAGAUAAAUAGAUUGUGUGUGCAUGGUGCUCCGCGAUUGAUAUACCAGUGUUCCCGGGAGAGGCUUCAGAGCCACUGCAACCCAGAUCAACAUAAAACACUUACUGAAAGUGAGUGAGUUUUGCCAUGAGCCUCCCUGUCUCCGGGCAUGAUUUAAAGAAGGACAUCUGAUGUGGUUAAAAUAGAUGUCUUAAAGAAUGUGCAGGGGGGUCAAGUGUUGAGGAUCCAAAUCUGCUCAAGUUAUUAGAGAAUAUCUGUAGAUUAGGAAAGGAAAUCCAGAUUUUUUUUAACUGAUAUCAUUUUGAUAUUGAGGAUUUGUUAAACCUAACUGACUAAAUAACUGCUAUAAACCUUUACUUUGUUUUUAUCCAUAAUUUGGAUAACUUGACUGUAAUUAUAGUUUUUCCAUUAAAAAUACUAUACAAUA